AUGGAUCAGUCCAAUGGCAGUCAUCGUACGCACAGUCACGAUCAGGCUUCGUCCGCAGAAUGCUCGGCGCUCGGCCUGCCAGAGAGUGGUGUCAACAAGCGCAAACUCUAUGCGAUAGAGGAGCACGAUGAGCAUGCGGCACGGACGAAGCCUGAGCCGGAGACGGCCUACGAUGCGGAUGUGGAUGAGGUGGGUGAGCAGCCGCUAGAGCAACCCCUGUCGCUGGGCAAAUUGGCCAGCGAGCGGGAGGUGAUCUACGAGCUGUUCCAGCCGUGGGCGCUCAAGACCUAUGGGGAUCAGGCAAAGACCAAGACGAUAACGUUGCGCAAGAAGGUGCGCAUCCUGAAGGCGCUCGAGGGCAAGGAGCACAGUCGGCCAGAUAGCUCCAAGUUUCGAUUCUGGGUGAAGACAAAGGGCUUUACGACCAAGCGUCCAGAUGGCUUUGAGGAAGCGCCUGGUAGUCGACGUCGCUACGAGCCUUUGUCCAGCACGGCUGUGCUCUCGGAUAAUCCCGGCGCUGUGGAUUUGUUUGCCGCCUCCAAGAGCAAAGAUUUCGGCCGUCGCAUCUAUCGAAAGGUCGCCUGCGUUGAGGAGUUCUUCGAUAUCAUUUACAAUGUGCACAUGGAGCUGGGCGGACGCAGUGGCAUGCACGCGGGACAGAAGCGCACCUAUCGCAUUAUAACCGAGACCUAUGCAUUUCUGCCCCGCGAGGCAGUCACUCGCUUUCUGACCAUCUGCCCCGAGUGCAAGAAGAACCUUCGCCCCUCUUCGCCUUCGGCUGCCUUCAAGGAAGAGCUGGCUGGCAACGAGAGCUCCUCGGAAGUGGAGACCUAUAUGAAUUACUCCUCGCAUACGGAGAGCUCUCUGGAGGCGGGUCCGACGGCCAAGCGUCGGCGUCACUCGAGCGCCGAUCUCAAGGCGCAUGCAACACUGGCGCUUGCUAGCGCUGGUGGAUCGGUGGCUAGCAGUGCUAGUGCCAGCCAGUUGGAUGCCAUUGCACCACCACCUCCAACAAGUCCCACUGCUGUGUCGCUUGCUGAGGCGGCUGACGAGGCGCCGUGUGAGGUGGGCGUGCCCAAGAUAAGAGUCAAGCCCCAAUUGCAGCGUCCGUUAAGUCCGCCCGUGGAGCCGCUGGCUCCAACAGCCGCACAGCUGCCCAGCUUCGACUUGCAGCUGCUCAAGUCACGCGAUAAUCUUGUCCGCUAUUACGAUUUCAUGAGACGCUUCUAUGCUGGCGGCUCGCUGCUGACUCAACCGGUCCUAGCGCCGCCUCUCUACGGCAGCAGCCUGCUGCAGAGUCUCAGUUAUCCAACAACCACAACCACCACCAGCAGCCCUAGCACCACCACAGUCAGCAAGCCGACGCCUGCUGGCGUUGGCUCCUCCCCUCCUCGAUCGACUUCUUCUUGUGCACGCUCACCAACUGCCACGCCCACCGCCCCAGCUGCCGUAGCAACAGCAGCAGCAACAGUCUCAGCACCUCAUACUCCGAUCAAUCUAACAAAAUCCUCAUUUUCCAGCUCCAGCAAUGGAAAGCCCCCAACCACAUCCACGCCCCUUUCUGCUGCUCCGCUCAAGCUGGAGCUGCCCAGUCCGCCAAAGACGUUGCCGCUGCCGCUGCCGCUGCCGCUGCCACUGUCAGCUGAUCUGCGCAUACCGCAGGUGGUGCUGCGCGGAGGCGGCGGCGGCGGCGCCGACGUUGGCGGCUCAACGCAGCAACCGUUGCCGCCGCUCGAUUUGGAGCGCCUUAAGCCAAUAACAUCCACAUAUUUGCAGCUCACUCGGAGCAUGGGCCUAAGCGACGAGGAUGCUCUGCGUUUUGAUAAUCUGUUUCUUUUUUCUAUGACAUGCUUGGCUUAUAAAUCUAACGCAUCUAUCGCAAUGUAA